AUGAGAUUCGUUAAUAUCUUGAAGUCCAGAAUCCAUAAGGGGCCUCUACCCGACGAGAAGACGACUCUAACUACCACAGAGUUAGAGAGAGCUGAGAUGUAUUGGAUAAAGGUAGCCCAGGAGAGAAUCAAGCCACACUUCAAGAAGGGAGACUUCAAGGUGCUCACUCCUUUCAUCGAUGAGGAAGGGGUGAUCAGAGUUGGUGGUAGAGUGGGAAACAUGGACAUAUCAUAUGAAGCUAAGCAUCCUGUUCUACUCCCAUAUGACCAUGGUAUUUCACUUCUGAUCACUAGGUACAUGCAUGAAUCGGGUCACCAUGGUGUAGCAGCGACGACAGCCAGGACAAGAAAGAGGUUCUGGAUCCUGAAGGGACACCGGCUUGCUAAGUCGGUAAAGCACCGCUGCGUGGUAUGCAGAGCAGCAGCAUGCCAGGCAGAGAUACAGCAGAUGGCCAGCCUACCAAGCAUCAGAGUAGCUCCGUUCACGCCGCCGUUUCAUUUUACGUCGUGUGAUUACUUCGGCCCAUAUCAUGUGAAAGUUAGUCGAAACAAGAAAGCGAAGCACUAUGGCGUGAUAUUUACUUGUUUGAAUACAAGAGCGGUUCACCUUGAGCUAGCAGUAGAUUGUUCAACGCAAGAGUUCCUGCAGGUUCUCAGAAGGUUUUUCGCGAUUAGAGGUCACCCUAAGGUCAUCAUGAGCGACAACGGUACUCAGUUUGUGGGUGCCAAGCGUGAGUUACGAGAGAUGGUGAAAGGGUGGGAUGAUGUGCAGCUUCGAGAUUUUUGUGCAGAGAUAGGAGUUGAAUGGCAGUUCACCACGCCAUUAGCUCCACAUCAGAAUGGAUGUGCCGAGGCACUUGUUAAAAGUUGUAAGUUUGCUCUACACAAAGCAGUAGGUAGUCAGUGUUUAACACCCUUUGAGCUGUACACAUGUUUAGUUGAGAUAGCAAACCUAGUAAACCAGCGACCCAUUGGUAGGAUACCGAAUGAUCCAGAUGAUGGAAGUUAUGUUAGUCCUAAUGAUAUGUUGUUAGGAAGAGCGUCGCGAAGCGUACCCCAAGGUCCGUUUAGGGAGACAGAGAAUCCGCGUCAUCGCGUCGAGUUCGUACAGCGUAUAGUAGAUUCGUUCUGGAGACGCUGGUCUCGAGAUGUUCUUCCGCUCCUCGUGCCUAGCAAGAAGUGGAACACAGAGCGUCGUAAUGUACGCGUGGGGGACGUCGUCAUGACCGCAGAAGCAAACGCGGUACGCGGAAAGUGGACAAUUGCCAGGGUGAUACAAGUGUAUCCUGGUGCUGAUGGUAGAGUUAGGAACGUACAGUUGAAAACAGCGGUGGGCAUAUAUCGCAGACCAGUUACGAAGAUAGCGGUUAUUUAUCCCACUGAAGGCUACGAUGAGAGCGUAUAG